GUCUCACCUGCGCGCAUCCAAACAAACGGUCAACACCACCCUCGACCCCACGAUCCUACAACGCGUCGAGUACAAUUAGAACGACUGCUCGGCUCGGCCUGCGUGCGUUCGAACGAAUAUGGCGCCCCAAAGAAAGCGCGACAAUCGCGAGAACGCCUUCUUCAAUGUUGGCGUACAGGGAAGAAAGACUGGGAUUACUCUGGAAGAGCGUGCGCGCGACGAACACGGCAUCGAGGCUAUCUCGGGCAUCUUCUCCUCGCCGGAAAAGUCACCGCCGAAGCGUGGGAGUACAGCAACCGGGUCAGAAUCGAUGGACAUACAAGAGAGCUCUAUUCCAAACUUGACGACUUCUGCUGCGAUUCUGCGCAACAACCGCACUCACCUCCCUCCACCCCGCUCGCGAUCCCCGAUGAAAACUGCUCUUGGGUCUUCCCCACGCCGACAAUCCUCCAUGGUGCCUCGAGGCAGCUCAAUUGGCGCUUCGAGCCCGAUCCGCGCGACUUCACAACCAGACGUAGCGAGACGAUUGGAGUUCCAUGAAGAGGAGGACCCAAAUCUUCAGGAGACACCGGCACUAAGCGGCUCCGGACAGCGCCGUGGGAAGCGCAACGACGUUUACGCGCUGGAACGCUCGCCUAGCCGGCCUCGUAGUGCGGUCAUGGAAGAAAGUGAGCUCCAAGAUGAAAUCACCGCAAAUAAUGACGAAGAUGAUGAUUUACCGACCAUGACCGAGAUGGAGGAGAGCUUUUUUGUGGAUUUUGGGGCUGAUGCAGACACGGGCGCAGAUGUAGUGGAAUCGCUGCUGGAAGAGGAGACUCAGGUAGAAGAGGAACUCGUGCCAGAACCGGUCAAGGAGCUAGCGAAGAGGGGCAGGAAACGAAAGAGCGAUCAAGCCGCCGUUGUUCACGAAAGCCCAAAGACAGCCAAGGCGCGAAAACGCGGAGCUGGGGCUACGCAGGCACCAGAGGCAGCAAAGAAACUUAAGAAGACUUCCGCUCCCGCCGCUCCUGCACGACGCUCAAAGCGUGUGUCCGAUUUCACAGACCAAGAGUCCAGUGUACACGAGGCAGCAGUCGUUGACGAGUCUCUAACGGUAGACGCGUCUGAACAAAUCGAGGAAGUACCGGUCGCCCCCAAACGCCGUGGACGGCCGCCGAAAGUCCAGAAAGAUGCUGAGCCUCAGCCCACGGUCCCUACAAAGACAAACAAAAAGGCAACAACGAAGAAUCCCGCGAAAGAAAAGGAAGAGCCUGUCUUCAAGAAGCCGUCGAAACCAAUGUCAAGGCCAAAGGACAUACCAGCACCGAAGGACAAGGCGAAUGCAAAGACCCCAGAUAUAGGAGCCAAAGACGAGGCUGGAAGGCCUGUGGAUGCGUACGGGAAUCCACUUAGCAAGGCGGAUAUCGAGCAGAUGUCUACAACUUCAGUCAGCUCGCGAUUGGGUAGAGGUCGCCACCUCUCGGUAUAUCGCGAGAUGGAGCCUGAGGCAAUUGCACAUGUAGGACGAACAGGCAGACACCGUGUUGCGCCGAUUGAUUUCUGGAAGAACGACAGAAUCAAUUACAAUCAUGAUGGGAGCAUGCAAACAAUCGUGAAAGCGCCAGCCAUGGAGCCUGUCCAACGAGCGGCCACAUACAACAAAAAAGGCAAGAAGAAGGCUCUGACCACUGUCGAAGAAGAGGAAGUAGAACUCGACCCUUGGGAAGAGGACGACGGCUUUCUGACGGGCAACUACAAAGACUUCGAUACUACGGAUGAGUUCGCGUCGCCCGGGCUCGUAGAGGGCGUCAUUGCUUGGUCUGAGAAGGGCAUCAAGCCCGAACCAGUUGGAGAUGGCUCCUUCCAAUAUGCCAGGAUAGGAAACACUGCAACUGACGUAAAGCCCGGGUUCUUCAACUGGGGCAUGCUUGACAUCCAUGCCGACCAGAUGAAGCGCUCAAAAAACUCAAGAAGGAUGCAUAUGGUCUUUAACGUCCAGUAUGGUACUGUCGAGGUCAGGGUUCACGAGAAUGAGUUUACAGUGCAUAGGGGUGGAAUCUGGCAGGUUCCUCGAGGCAAUACAUACAGUAUCAAGAAUGUUGGCAGCAAAACAGCUCGUAUUUUCUUCGCGCAGGCUCGCGAAGCGUCUACAGAUAAUGAAUAGGCUGUCUGUUACGUUGUGUUCAAUCAGCAGACAAGACCUUGUUCUUUGCUAAAAUGUAUCAUCGCUUGUGAUACCCCAUCUUCUCUAUCAGAUGCUUACUUUUUACUAUGCAUGCAGGAGCGCUGUUUGUCACCUCCUGGGUCUCACGUUCUGUUAUAUGUGUUCCCAUGUGCAAGUUCCCUAACCACCUCCCUCACUCAGCUAACAAUUCUGUCCCCUUUACCGCUUCUUAAUGUGAACCCUAACAUUGGCUACAUAGAGUAAUUUCUGCGGUGGAGUGAAACAGUAUCGGAAGUACGCACGCCUUGUGCGAACUCAAGCGAUCGUUGCACAGGCCGCAAGCCGU